AUGACUUAUUAUCAGCGCAGCGGUCAGAACUCGCCGUAUCAUUACAGUUACGCAUCAGCUCAAGCCUACGAUUACUCACAGAGUCAUGAUCUCGAUAACAUAUUGGAGAGACUCCUGAACAUCCGUCACACAGGAAGCCGGUACUGUAGGCUGACCCUCAACGAGUGUAUAUACGUUGCUAAUCAAGCCAUGAGGGUUUUCUACAGAGAGCCAUUCGUUAAUGAAUCAUUUUCGAUGCCAUGCAAGAUCGUCGGAGACCUCCACGGUCAAUUCGUCGACUUUCUCCGACUACUGAGCGUUUGCGGCUAUCCACCGGACACAUCGUAUGUAUUCCUAGGAGACUACGUAGAUCGAGGUCCGAACGCUAUAGAAGUGCUGAUGACGCUCUAUAUCUACAAGAUCAAAUACCCUGAAAGAGUACUGCUACUCCGCGGCAACCACGAAUGUCCGCGGAUUAAUGCGAUGUAUGGCUUCAUGAGCGAAUGCACUAUGCGGUUCGGCUUCUCGGUCUACACAGCCUUCAAUGACUCGUUCGCCUAUAUGCCGUGUGCCGCGAUAAUUGCCCGCCGCAUUUUCUGCUGCCACGGUGGCAUCAUCAAGGAUCUAGAGACGCUCGAGCAGAUCACAACGUUUAAUCCUCGACCGAUUCACGAUCCUGAGAUCAAGAGCACCGUUACGGAGCUCUUAUGGUCCGAUCCGAAUCGGAGUUUCGAUGGCUGGGCGGAGAAUUACCGCGGCGCAGGUUACCUGUUCGGAGAGACUGCUCUGACCGAGUUCCUGGAUAAGUUCAACCUUGACCUCCUCGCACGCGCUCACGAAGUGAUGCAGGACGGCUACGAACUUUUCUACGACCGGAAAGCCGUCACGAUUUUCUCGGCUCCGAACUACUGCAACCAGUUCGAUAAUGCUGCUGCCGUGAUGUCUGUUUCGGCCGACUACACCUGCGGAUUCGUCAUCAUAAGACCAAUCAGCUAUGAAUUUCCCCUAACCCGGGUUGACGAAGUCGGUGGACCAGGCUUGCACCAAAGUCCUCCCUAUGUUGCGAUGGCCUCGGAGAAUUCGACAUACGCGCUCCGCGGAGCAACGGAAGCGAACAAAUCGAGCGGACCUGAGACGCAAGGAAAAAAAAACGAAAAAACUUCGGUGGCUGCUUACCAUGCAGACUGA